AUGGUGCGCUUGGCGCCAUGCCAGGAGCCACCCCGAGGGACGUGCCUGGCGCCUGUGUUUGCAGCUGCUUUUUUUUGGCAGCCUUUGAAGGCGCGGCCCCUGCGAGAAGCGGGGUCCCCCCUUCGGGCGACGAGGCAGUCGUCGUGCCUGCUGGCUGUUGCGGCCCCGCAGCCGGGAAGCCCCGCAGUCAGGAAGCCCCGGCCCGGGCUGCGUCGGCAUGAGCUCAGGAGGGAAAGAUACCUGCCGCGUCUUUGGUUUCUUCGGCUCACGCCAUCGUUUUUUGCAGAAAUUCCCCACAUCACAAGUUCGGGGACGUCUCCUCCAUGCUCCUGGCCCGCCCUCGCCCCCGCGGCCUCCGGCAGCCCGGAGGCCCGGCGGUAG